UUUUAGUUGCUAUAAUCUUGAAUUAUGAAAUCAUUUCUCAUAAUUUCUUGUCUUUUGGCUCUCUUCGUUUUACAAGCUGAGAGUAGACCACAGAACAAUGAAGUUGCUCCAGUAGAUUCCAGUUCUGCUGAUGGUGUCUUAGACCCUGAUCUGGAAAUUUCCCUUGAUUCAAAACCUGAGUCUGAACCUGAAGCCGAAUCUGAACCCGAACCCGAACCAGAACCAGAUAGUGAAUCUGAAGAAUCAGGAGAAUCUGAAGAAUCUGGAGAAUCUGGAGAAUCUGGAGAAUCUGGAGAAUCUGGAGAAUCUGGAGAAUCUGAAGAAUCUCGAGAAUCUAAAAAAAAACAAUCUUAAAUCUUUUUCCAGACUUGAUUCUGCAAAAAAAAUGGAUAACAUAUAUGAAUAAAAUCUUAACUUUUUAUGAUGAAAAAAACAAUUAUAUUAAAGGGAAUUCAGAGAUUUGCGACUCGGAUUGUCCAUUUUAGAGGUAUGAUUUUGAGAAUUGGUUUCAUUUAAAUUAUUCUAUGACGACCAU